AUGGAGGAGCAGAGACCGCCGCUAGAGGAGGAGGUGAGAAGAAGAACCGUCGACGCGGCGUUGCGGCGCACGCUGCUGGACAAGACGUCGGAAAUGUGCAUCAACGCGACCAUCGAGCUGAUCGACCUGCUCGACCUGGCGUACCACACGCGCAACGACACGAUGCCGGAGUCGUGGUACACGAUCUUUUACCUGUACAACUGCGGCAUGACGCUCCUCAUCCACCGCCACCGGCGGCCCGAUCUGGACCCAGGGCUCAAGGCAUCCUGGACCAAAUGCCUGACCAUUUUAGGACAUUACCAGACCAUGCGCCGCACGGCUGUGAAAUGCGUCAGGCUUUUGGAGUUGGCUGCGCGGAACUUUGCGCCCAGGCAUUGGCUUCCAUCCACGACCGCCGGCGCCGGCGCCGGCGGUCGUGCUGCGGCCAUGGCACAGGAGCAGCAGCAGGGGCAAGUGCAAGAGUCAAACGUGAUGGUAGGGCUAGGGGUAGGUUGUUCGUCCUCGUCCUCGACGGCGUCAGCGGUGGAGGCUCGGGACCAGCAUCAGGAUAAAUAUCGACAACAGCAACUGCAGAUGCAGCAGCAUUGCCGACAGCUAAGCGCCGCUCCCGGCGACGUCGGCGUCGGCAGUUGUGGCAAUUUGUUCGCCUUUCAGCUCGAUGCCGACCUGGCAAAUGCAACAGCACAAAUCCCGGUACCAGCUCAAGCUCAAGCUCAAAGACAAGUAGACGGAGACAGAGAUGGAAAUGUCGAGUGCGGCGCCGCACUGCCGGAUCUGAUAUUCGACGACACGAUCGAUUUCUCGUGGCUCAGCACUGCGCCCUUUGAGUUGAGCCCGGAAGAGCUGACGGGCACGUUCUGGUAG